AGUAGCAGUCCGACAUCUACAGACGCUGUACUGCAGAAGUGCCGGGUCACCUUAGAAGCACAAGCGCAGGAAAUUGACAAGGAGCGAAAAGAAAAGCUGGCGAGUACAAGAACUUUCUCUUGUAGUUCUUGAAGAAUCGUUGUUGACGUCGAGUUGGCGAGUACAGUAAAUUGAUUUUCAUCCACAAGUAGAGCUACACCUCCAUAUUAGUUCAACCAAAUAUAACUACACCUCCAGAUUAGUUCAACCAAGUACAACUACACCUCCAUACUAGUUCAACCAAAUAUAACUACACCUCCAUAUGAAGGCCACAUCAAUCUAGCUUCAUCGAGGAAUACAGGCUCAUUUUGACCAUAUAGUUUCAACUUGACCCAUGUUGAAGCCUCAAUUAAUAUAAGUUAAGACCUCAAUUAAUAUAAGGAAAUCUUAGGCAGACUGGCGACUAGAUUCGAAGCCUCAAUUACUAUAAGUCAAGACCUCAAUUAAUAUAUUAAGGAAAUCUUAGGCAGACUGGCGAGUAGAUUCGAAGCCUCAAUUAAUUCAAGACUCCAAUGCGUCGAAUAGGAGUCAUUUCAAUCAUCUACCCCUUCUCUCUACUUCUUCUCCUCCAGUUCAAAAGGAGCGGCACGAGUUGGAGAGCGCUCUGGAGCAUGAGAAAAGUCUGCACCAUCUAACGCAGACGAGAUUGCACGAUUUUGAGAGGCGAGACCGGUCAGAAAAGGAUCACUUUCGACAACAGGUGCAGCAGUUGGAAGAAAAACUCACAAAUGUUAAGAACAAGAAAGGCUACCACAGAUUAGAUAUAGAUCUACCUUCGCAAGCACCAUAUUUUUGAGAAUUAUUGAGGAUAAGUAUGUUUGUUCAAGAGUUAGAAUUAGAUGAAGAUUAUUUUGAAGGAGCGGAAGAGGGUUCUUCCAGGAUCAUGCGUGUCAAGCCGAAUUUCUGGUACUACUUUAAAGAAGCGCGUCGCGAAC